UAUUUAAGGAGAAAGAAAUGAUAAAUAUGUAAAAGUUGAGGUUGACUUGGAGCACUAGCACUAGCACUGUCCUGCAAAACUCGAUUAAAUUAUUUUGUCCGUCUGAUGUUUUUUCCCCCUAUAUAAGCACCGUCUCCGCACUGUUUGCCUUAUCAUCAUUCAUCACCUUGCUAAGUCUCCAGAUCUCUUUUCUGCUCAUUCAACAUGGUGCACAAAUCUCCCCUGCAACUCGUCAUAAUCCUCCUGGGUUUUUCGUUUGCUGUCUCGUCUGUCGCUGUCCCAGCAAGCAGAAGCCUCAGGUCAAACGGAGAAGAAUUUUCAAGACUCUCAACACAAGCAACCCCGGCCCAGGGUUUGAGGAAUGGAGAGGAGAUGAUUGAGAUGGGAGAAGAGGUGAUAGAGGGAAGGAUGGAUUUGGAGAGUACAGAUUAUCCAGGGACAGGAGCAAACAACCGCCAUGAUCCAAGAACACCAGGAAGAGCUUGAGUGAUCCACAAUUGACGUUAUAAUCUCUGUAUAGAUUAUAUAUAAGACCUAAGAGGUUGUUUACAUACAGAUACUGGCUUGAGAUUUCUUUAUUCUUCAUGAAGGUAUUGAGGUGGCUUUCUGUGGUCUAAAUCUUCCUAAAUGUAACGAAGGUUUUGCAAUAAAGCGACUCGCCUAUGCGAAGCAGCUUCAUAUGCCCAAAA